AUUUCCGACAACAGCAAAAACGUCAUUUCCUAUUCCAUUCUAUGUAAGGAGAUAGAAAGUUGUUUCCAAUUUAUGAGUUGGAAGUAAUAAUACUUAUAAGUGUUUUAUAUAAAUUAAUUUUACUUUAUAUUUAAAAAUUAAAUGAAAUGUAAAAAAAUAUUUAUAUGUUCUAAACUUGAUUAUAUUUGAAAUAAUUUAACUUAAAGAAACUUCAGCAUGUAUACAAGAAGCAGACAGAGUCAAGGCUAUGCCAAUAUGAGAAACCAAAAUAGUUCAAAUGUGGGAUAUCAAGGUCAAAGCACUUACAAUCAGCAAGGCAGUUUUCAAGGAACACAAUCUUCUCCAAAUCAGCAAAAUAAUUACAAACAAGGAAGUGCACAAAAUUCACAAUCAUUUAAACCGCAGCAACAGCAGCAACAACCACAAAUACAACAAGUAGCAGCAAGGAACUUACAACAAGGGAAACCUCAACAGGCACAGGUGCAACCAGCAACAUUAAGGAAUUUGCAACAAGGGAAAUCUCAACCACAACAACAAUUGCCACAAUCACAAAUUAAGCAACCUCAACAAUCAAUUACAAAUUCUUCUCAAUCUCAAUCUCAGCCACAACCUCAAUCUCAAUCUCAAUCACAAUCUCAAUCUCAAUCUCAAUCUCAAUCACAGCCUCAAUCACAAUCUCAAUCUCAGUCUCAACCUCAACGAUUAAAACCAAUAUUAAAACAACCUUCUCAACAACAAACUGCAGCAAUUGCGCAAAAUAAUCCUAUUUCAUCAUCUCAAUCAUUAGUUUCCACUCCAACAUCUCCUUUAACAACUAAUUCUAAUCCUACACUGCCAAGUAAUAUAUGUGAAGUAAAAAAUGAAAAUCAAGUGCCUGAAAAUACAGAUAUGGAAAUACAAGAUCAACAUCCAAGAUGGAGGCGUAAGGCACCUGGAUUUAGGGUAAAUAAAAGACUAAAACGACUUCGUUUAAAUCAACGUCUAAGAAAAACAUUGCAACCAAAAAAUGCAAUUAUGGUAUUAAAUGAAAUGAAACCUGGAGUGCAAUUUACAUUUCCUGAAACUCAAGGACCUAUGCCAAAUUCUCUAUAUCUUGUUCAUGCAGAGCUUGAUGGUAAAACCUAUGUUGGACAAGGAUUAUCUAAGCCACUUGCUCGUCAGAACGCUGCUGAAAAUGCAUUGAAGGCUUUAUUACUUGAAAAAAUGACAGCUGCAACUAUGAAAGCACGUAUGGAUGCUGAAUCAGAUGGGCAAAUAAAUCAAGCUAUAGAAUCAUCUAAUACAUCAAAAGAAGAUAAUAAUGAAGAAAGUGGAACACCAAUGGAUAUUAGUAUUGAUGAAAGUGAUGAAAUUCCAUGGAGUUCUUUAGCUAGCUUUGCAUUGUAUAAACUUUUCCUUGAAUGGCAUAAUCAAGGAACAUCAGUUCCAGUUCCAAGACCAGGAUUACCAUCACCUGUUAAAGGAAGCAAACGAGAGAUUUCUCAUGUCCAAAAAACUCCAGUUCAAAAAGAACUUCCGCCCAAUGCAACAAACAUACAUCCUGUUAUGUUAUUAAAUCAAAUGAGACCAGGUUUAACAUAUGUAGAACUCAAUCGUGUUGGCAAUCCACCUAACACAAUGUUUACUCUUGCUGUUGAUAUUGAUGGGAUUGAAUAUACGGGAACAGCAAAAAACAAGAAAGAUGCGAAGAAAAUAGCAGCAAAAUCUGCACUUUUUGCUUUAUAUGGUUUAAACUAUCCAGAUGAAACCACGCCAAUAAUCCAAGAUCAACCAAUGGUUUAAAAAAUAAUAUUAAUUUUUAUAAUAUGUAAAUUGUGAUACUAUAUCAUAGUGUUACUUAUUUUACAAUGAAAAUUUUUAUUCAUAUAUUAUAUGAAUUAUUGCAUAUUAAAAAAAAAAUUCAAGAAAUUUAAUAAUUGCAAAUAUCAUACAUCAGUCUAGAAUAUCAUAUCAGUAUAAAAGAUUUAUGGAAAUAUUUUUUUUUAUAAUUUUGCAUUAUAAUAUAUGUAAUAAUAUAAUGAAUAUAUUAUAAAUAAGUCACAAUAAUCAAUA